CUAUCUAUCUUCUUGCAGAGAACAGAACGCAGAGGUGUUGGAGGAGAAGUCUUUCCGCUUGGUCGGGACAGCUUAAGACUUUAUUAUUGAGAACAUGACAAGUCAUUCAGCUGCUGAAGGUGCUUACUCAAGGGAACACACGGAGUGCUUAUUGUUUGAUUAAUUUCCUUGGAGCGGCCCGAAAUCUCCCACUCAUGAAUGCGCGCGUGACAGCGAGAUUUCUCCGAGGUGACACGUUAUCUAAACUACAGGGCACAACGAUUAUGUUAAUAUCAGGUUGUAGUCAUCAAUCAUCUCGCGUCAAUGUGGUGUCAACGUCGUUGUCCCCCCCUCCCUCCACCCCUAACCACUCAGGGCUAUGCGUAGGCGUGCGCGUGCGCAUCCAUGCAGCUGCUGGAGAAAGGUCCGCGUGUUUUUUUGCGCCUGGAGACUUAACGGGUAGAAGGAGCUGAGAAGAACAUGGGAAGAAAUUAAUUAAGAGGCUUUCCUUGCCCUGAUGUGAACACAGGAAUGCGCGCGCACUGACGUCAUAGAUAGAGACGCACUUUAAAACCAAGAUGUGAAUCUCAGAGACGUUAGGAUCACACACCUCCCACCACACAAGGCUGGUCGUGAAGAAGCUGAUGCGAUUUUCUGGAUUAACGGAGAAAAAGCGACUUUUUUAGAGACAUGAAAUGCGCGCGUAAAAGUCCGCGCGCCCGCGGAUAGAGCGAGUUUUAGAAUUUCUUUUUAAAGGAAAACAUUAGCGAAGUUCAGCGUCAGAAACGUGAUUUGUUUUGAUGCUGUUGGACAUCACCUCUUGCCUCGUUGAUCGUGUUGAACCAUGGCUUACUCUCAGCUGGGAUACCCCUACUCCGCUGCACCUCAAUUUCUGAUGACCCCCGGCUCUCUGGCUGGAGCUCAUCCAUCCCAGCCGGCGCUGCGCUCUCAGGGCAGCCAGCUGGCUCCAGGGGCAGGUGUCUACGGCAGCCCUUACCAAAAGAGCCAGAAUUACUACAACACCUGCUCCGGAGACGCCUCCACUGUGUAUGCUAGAGGACCAAUAGACCCCAAAGAAGCUGCACCUGUGGGCACAACCCAGACCCCUACUUACUAUCCUUAUGAAUAUAUGUUUGGGCAUCAUCCUUGUGAAAGAUAUGGGCAUUCCUGUUUAGACAGUUCUUCUCGCCGUAAGAAUGCCACUCGUGAGACCACCAGCACGCUGAAAGCUUGGUUGCAGGAGCACCAGAAAAACCCCUACCCAACCAAGGGGGAGAAGAUCAUGCUCGCCAUCAUCACCAGGAUGACUCUGACGCAGGUGUCCACAUGGUUUGCAAACGCGCGCAGGAGGUUAAAAAAGGAAAACAAGGUGACUUGGUCGCCACGGGCAUGUAAGAGCUCCGACGACCGAGGUUAUGAAGACGACAGUGAUGAAGCUGAGAGGCCAUUGAAACGUGACGAAGAUCUUCCUGACCAGCCGUGCGCAGACCUGCAGAGCGAUCUGGAGGACUUCGACCUGCUGGAGUCAGAUGCUUCUGAUGGAGACGCCAAGCUGCAGUUUCAGCCUGAUGUUGACAAAAGGAACCCAAACACUAACCUCCCACACAAGCAACUCGUGCCCCUCAAAGAGAGACUGUCAGACUGCCCCGAGUUCUCCACAGUCAAACACAGAAGCAGCUCCUUCUAUGUGAAUGAAGAGCUGGAGAGCACAACCAGCAAGCCCAAAAUCUGGUCCAUAGCUCACACUGCCGGGUCUCUGGAGAGCAGCUCUCAGCCAGAAUACUCGUCUUGUAUGCUGCUGUCAAGUGGCUCCUCCUCGCCGGGUUUCCCAUCGAAUAUGGCGCUCAGCAAGGCGGAAAGACAGCAGGAGUCAGCGGUUGCCACGCUGAGAGAGUGGGUGGAUGGAGUUUUUCAUGGGCCGCCCUUCCAGCAGCUGAAAGCUACAGACAGGUGGAAGGGCUUGAGUGACUCCAUGACGGACAGAGGGACAGCAACACACACCUUCCAACUCUCUUAGUCCAUCUCAUCAUGCAGCUCCUCAUCAGUUGGACCUUUCAGCUGCAGGACCAGAAGGAAGAGUCCGUGUUUUUUAGUUCUACCAAAUGAAAGUUAGCUGAAAGCCCCGGGUCUCCAGCCCUGCAGGCUUUUCAAAGCAGCUCAUGCAGUUUGGGGGAAACUGGAAUUUGACUGGGACUUUGGCACAGCUCUCUGCAUUUGAUGCUGAUAUCACUCACAACUUUUCUAACAGUGUCUUCUGGAUUUAUAGGAUGUUUUAGAAUGAAAACCUGUCACUAAACACUCCUGCAGUUGGAGUCUAAACACAAAACCACACUGUUGUACAUUUGCACUACCGCCUGCACAUGCACCGUGUCACAACAAUAAAGAGUGUGUUCUGCAGCACGGCUGAGAUGUUUGCUCCUCCAGAGGCAGAGAUGGAACCUCUUUAGAUGAGCAGGGCGACCCAGCAGCUGUGUGUGUGUGUGUGUUUGGGACAGGGGGGCUUUGUGUGUGUGUGUCUGAAAGGAGGAAAGUGGGUGGUAUUCAGCCGUGACUAAUGGAAACACACAGAGGAGGGUGCUGCUAAAUUGUUAAAUCGAUGCCACUUCCACCCCGGCUCCGGAUAUAGCUGCAAUCAGCGACGCGUCGCUUUUCAUUAGGCCACUGUUGACUUUGUCGAGCUCGGACAAGAAAUACUUUACAGCGAGCCGAAUGCCUCGUCCAGGCUUUCCAGAAAACUGUUCCACCUUAACUACUCAGGCUUUUAUUAUUCAAACAGCUAACUAGAAAAAAAGUUUUACCAGAAAGCGGGGCUGAUGUAAACGAGUUAAAAAAAGAAAAUUAAACAAUUUCCAUCAACAUCAGUUUACCAACAGUUUAUCAAAGAAAACACAAAUGCAGUAAACAUUUUUACCAAGCAUUUUAAAAUAUCCCCAAACCCUUUUUUUUCCCUCUUUUGACCUGCAUUCUUCCUGUUUUUUGGUUAAGGAAGAGUGAUAAAGUAUUUAUCAGAACAGAGGAGGGAUCUGCCCAGGCUUUGUGUGGAAUUAACAGUUUCAGAUUAAAUAAUUCAGGAUGAAUUCAUCUGAGAAUUUCAUUGUUUCUGCUCCAUAAAUAAGUAACAUCUGAGAUGAUAAAUAAUGACACCUGACCUCCUCUUCCUGACGGUUUUUUU